UUGGGAGUACUUCCUUCAACUUAACCCUACUUUCUUGUUUAAAGAUUUCACAGAUGUUGUCGCCCCCACCUAACUUUUGUUACAAAGCCGUGUUUUGAAAGUAACAGCAAGAUGUUGAUUUAACGCUGACCGUCAGUGUAUGAGAAAUUUAGAAACAGGCAUAGGAACAAAUAAAUUAGUUUAUAGGCAGUAAUUUUGAAGAAAGGUACUCUGAACGGACAGGAAGAUUUGAGGAAUUCCAAGAGUGAAACGUAACAACAAAUAAUUUCAAGAUGGUAUUAUAAUGCCACAUAAUUAUAAACAGUAAACAGGUUAUGUAAUUGCAAGCCCUGUUGUCAGUGUAUUGGUAUAGGUUGCAUAGUUUAUCAGGAAAAUUAAAUAAUUUAAUUCACGUCUCUGGCAGGCCAGGUUCAAAUUUGAACAUGAGCGCGUUAUACCCCAAAAGACAACGACGAGUGGCUAUCGAAUGGGCCUUACAGUCCUGAUACGCACCAAGCCUGAAGAGUAUUAUGCCACAAAUCUUGCAUCAUAUGGAGUAAAGGUACUGGUUCAUGACCCAUAUGAUUAUCCAGAUGUAAAUACAGUGAAGAAGAUGGUCUCCUUGAGAUCAGAUGUAUUUUUCUCCAUUCCACCAUGGGUCACAUAUUCAACACCAGAAGUGCGCAACAUUCCCAUAAAGAACCGUGGCUUGAGAGGAUGUGUUUUCCCAGAUGAGGUGGACAUGCGCAAGAUGAAGCAAUAUUCCUACAACAACUGUAUCACCGAGUGUCGUGAGAAUUACACCAUUCAAAUAUGUGGAUGUACUCCAUUUUAUUAUCCUAACAACGGUGAUUACAGGAUAUGUAAUUUAACUGACAUCCCUUGCUUGGCUAAGAACAAACGCAAACUGGAGAUAAUGAAUCCAGGGCAGAAAGAUUUCAGGAAAGAAAAUGAACCUUUCUCUUAUCCUUGCAACUGCCUCCCCGACUGUCUGAAUUAUUACUACCCCAUAGAAUCUUCAGAAAGCGUACUUGCAGCUGUUACAGUCAACAAUAAGGACUGGAUAUAUGGCAGUGGCAUAAAAACAGAAAAUAACAGCGUCUUCAACGUGUAUUUUAGCAAUUUUUUGGUAACACGUUACCGAAGAGAUGUAAUUUACAGCUGGAAGGGACUACUUGCAUCUCUGGGUGGCCUGCUCAGUCUGUUCAUUGGCUUCAGUCUUAUCGGAGGAGUCGAACUUCUGUACUUCUUUACAUUCCGCCUGUACUACAAGAUUCGUUCUCGUGCAGCUGAACAUAUGCUUCUGUCACAACUACACAUGAGAAGGGAUCAGAAUAUCGGCACGCAUGACACCUUGCAACCUAAUUUCCCCAUCUCUACACAGCGUGUUAGUACGAUCCAGUAUGGCAACUGGAGAAACAGAAACAUGUAUGACAUAGCAGAGGUUCCGUAAUAUCCAUCCCAAGCGGCAAUAUACACACUGUACUGUCUACCGAGGCUAUGAAACAUCAGACAAUAUUCCACGUGUUAUUAAUUUAUAAACUAGAAAGCAUGUAAUUUUUCUGAUGAAAUUAUAAUUCACGAGAUCUUUUUCUCAUUCUUUGGUAACAACACUAUGUUGUGGUUUUCUUUCACGUGUCUCAUAAAAUCCUUCCAGAAGAAAAAAAAUGGUGAAUUUUAUAAUGCAAGUGUACGAGCUUUCCUAUUAGCCCCACCAAUCACAAUGUGAAAUACGUCAUACAUUUUCUGAAACACCAGCAAACCAAUCCACCACAUCAUAUCAUCACUCUAAAACCAAAAUUAGUUGUGAACCAUGAAAAAGCCUAAAAAAUGUCAUUUAAUUAAUGUCUUCUAAGUAUAAGAAAAAUUAAAGAAAACAUUUGAAUAAAGUAAGUGUGCUGAUCAAUCAA